AUGCAACAACUAAUCAAGAAAGCCAGUGAAAAGUUUUCUGCAGCUUGUAGACCUGAAAUCUACACGGAUAAAGGGACGGCGGGCGGCGGCGCUCUGGUCCAGACGAUAUAUUCGGAGGAGGACGUACUUGAUUUGGUCGUGUGCAGUCAUGUGCCGCCUAUCUCUCGAACACAAACACAGUGGGAAAGGUGUGACGAAGCAUGGGGCAGGCGGCAGUGGCCGCCGGCUGGGGAGAAGACUCGCGCAGUGCAGCUCCGGACGUGUUGUGUUUGUGAGAGGUACACGAACGCAAGGGCGUGGUCGUCGGGAGCAACGGCGCGGCGAAACUUUGCUCCAUUUGCUCUCGAUUCUCCCCCUCCCCCUACUAUGCUCCACACUCUCUCGCCUCCACCUCCGCCUCCGCCACCUUAUCUCGCGAGAGCUCACGCACACUGCUACUUUACGCUAUGAGGAAAGAAACACAAGCAGCACUUCCUCUUUAGCUUUAUUUUGCUUGAUUAUUUUCUAGCGAGAAUUCUCCAGAGAGACAGGGAGGGA